CCCCUCCCCGCCGGCUCCCGCCGCUCCCGGCGCUCGGAGCCGGGGCCUGGGAACUCGAGAUCCCGCCGCCCGGGCCGCAGCAUGGGGCGCUUCCGAGGGGGCCUGCGAUGCAUCAAGUACCUGCUGCUCGGCUUCAACCUGCUCUUCUGGCUGGCAGGGUCGGCUGUCAUUGCUUUUGGACUGUGGUUUCGGUUUGGAGGCACCAUGAAGGAUUUUUCAUCGGAGGACAAGUCCCCAGAGUACUUCUACAUGGGGCUCUACGUACUGGUUGGAGCAGGGGUCCUGAUGAUGGCUGUGGGCUUCUUCGGGUGCUGCGGAGCCACACGGGAGUCACAGUGUGUUCUCGGAUCUUUUUUCACCUGCCUACUAGUGAUAUUUGCUGCUGAAGUAACCACUGGAGUAUUUGCUUUUAUAGGCAAGGGUGUAGCUAUACGACAUGUUCAGACCAUGUAUGAAGAGGCUUAUAAUGAUUACCUUAGAGACAGGGAGAAGGGAAAUGGGACUCUCAUUACCUUCCACUCAGCGUUUCAGUGCUGUGGAAAAGAAAGCUCUGAACAGGUCCAACCCACCUGCCCAAAGGAACUCCUAGGACACAAGAACUGCAUUGAUGAAAUUGAGACCAUAAUCAGUGUUAAGCUCCAGCUCGUCGGAAUUGUCGGUAUUGGAAUUGCAGGUCUCACGGUGAGAAAGUCCCAGAAUGUACCUUCUUUGCCCUCUGUGAAGCCUGAAUCUUUGCAUCCUAUUUCUCUUCAAAUGUGAUAUGGCAGUAUCUUAGGAGCAAUUUCUCAUAAAAGUCAAAGAUGUUUGUUGGUAGGACAUCUAAGAACAAAACUAAUGAGAUACAUCAAUGUUUAGUUCUCUAAAUUAUGAUACAAAUUUCAAAUUUCAAUUUUAAACCACUUAUGACUUUAAGUUGAUCACUGCAAUAACUUCCUGUUUUAAGGCCACCAAACUUAAGCAAGACAAGCGAUUUUUAACUCUGGGCCUCUCCCUUUGUUAGAAAUUUAAAAUAACAUAUCAGGUUAAUCUCCUCACCCAUGAUUUGCAAAAGCCACAUAGUAUAGUGAUUAAUAGUGCAAGCUCUGCCAUCACACUGUCUGAAUUCAACUCCUUGCUCCACAAGCCUGAGAUCAUGGGAAAGUUUCUUAAUUUCUCUGUGCCUCAAUUCCUUCAUCUGCAAAAUGGGGAUUUUAAUGUACCAAUCUCCUAAGAUUGCUGUGAAGAUUAAGUGGGAUAACACAUGUAAAGGAUUAUUAGGAAUUAAUUCAUAUGAAGUGUCUAGAACAUAGCACUCAGUAAAUGCUAGCUCUCUAUAUAACCUGAGUGUUCCCAAACCCAGAACCCAGGUAGAAGGAAUAGCAUUUGUGGGGGUGUGAAGCAUAUUGCAUCCGCAUACCUGCAGGUGGCUUGGUACUUCUAAGGUACAAAAGAAGGGCAUGCAAGAAGGCUAUGGUAGGAAUAGCAAGAGAUGUCACUGGAGAGGGCUGUGUGGUCCACGUAAUUGAGGUCUUAGUGUGCUCUUUUGAUAGGAUGGGCUUUAGCCUUAAGGUAGAGAGUAGCCACUCAGGUUUGGAACGACCUGUAGUGCAGUGUGGAAAUAAAGUUGGAGGGAAGAAAGAUUGGAUAAGAUUAAGAUUUGAGCCAGUAAAGAGGUGAUUUUCAUUGUCCAGGGGACGAGUGAUAAUAGCUAAUGCUAAAUAGUACUUAUUCUCUCUAGCCCUCCUAUGUAGAUUAAUUCAUGGCCUAAGCUAAGGCAGAGGAAACGAGAAUUGUGAGGAAAUCAAUGAAUUGGCAGCUCUCAGGGGACGCAAAAUUCUCCUUUCUGUAUUUAGAGCACAGAGGGGUGGGGCAGUGGCUGAAAAUACUAUGCCGAGGGCCCCCAAUCCAGGUGCUUCUCUCAGGCCCUUGGCACCUGCUCUGGGACUAGCCUGAUGGCCAGUCUGUUGCUUCCCAAGGACAGUUCUGAGGUAGAAGAUUUGAAAAAGUGUUCCAUAACAGAGGUAACAAAUAGACCCUCCCAACAUCUAUAGUCUCAAGGAAUGAGCAUUCUAGAAGUGGACACUCCUGAUUCAUGACAGUGGCAGGGUGAGCCUGAAAAGUUUCUUUCUGAAGUGAUCCCUUUAGAGUACAACCAGGAUAAAGCAGGCGUUGCAUCUAGCCUUACAACCAUGGGAAAGGGGAAAUGCCCUCUGUUGGCCAUCUUGAAUCAGCACCCAUAGUUUUCUGCAUAAGGAAGAGUUGCACAGUGUAAUCAGUUCACAAAAUGCCCAUUAGGUGUCACCCCUGUCACACACUGGUACUGAGUUCUGUCAGCCAGAAGCGUGGAGUCUUACUUGUGGCUAUUCCCUCAGUCUACCCUUUCCCUUCUGAAAUAACUGAUAAUACAUGCCUUUUUAAAUUCAGCAUUUAUAGAUCCUAGUGUGAUGCAGGAUGGGAUUGAGAAGAGAACCAGAAAGUUAUGGUACUGAUUUCUUUGAAUCAACAUUGAUAGUAAUUUAUAAACAUUGCAUCUACAGAUAUCAUGCCAAAGGCUCUGCAAAAUUGGAGGGAAAAUGACUGGGGACAAGAAGGAUCUUUUGACAUCCUUCUAUUCAAACCAUUUAAGUAGCUAUUGGUUUUGCCAAGUAUUUGGCUUCUCAAAGAGGUAUUUAAUAGUUAGAAGGUAUCAGUAACACCCAUAGUUCAAACACCUCAGUUCAUGGUUUGGUAGGACUAUUGAGUUAAAUAAUGAAGCAUCAUUUGCACUUAAAAAUAAACCAGGAAUAAAGAGACGCCCAUUUUUUCAUUUGUGGUCACUGUGGCAAAUAUUCAAGGCUUUUCCAACAAUAGAAAACUAUUUAGACCACAAGUGUAUUUAAACUAGUGGUUAUGAACACAUUUUCCAAAGUAAAAAUAUAAAUGAGAUCUUGGAUGAACCUGAAAUAUAAAAUUCCAUUAGUAGUAGUAGUAUAUUGGUCUUCUAUAACUACUAAGAACUACUCCAUAAGCUAGAACUAGAGCCCUUUUCUUAAAGCAGAGCCUUAUUAUAUUUUAACAAUAAUAAAAUAGGAAUGUAUUAACAUAUAAAAGUACCAUUUAUUACCAGUAAUUAUUGUUUAUAAUCACUUGUUAAAUUGAGUUAGACAUCCAAGCAGUUUACAAUCAAUUUUCAUCAUUUGAAUGUCAUUAAGAGGUGAUUCCUUCUGUUUCAGAUCUUUGGCAUGAUAUUCAGCAUGGUCCUCUGCUGUGCAAUACGAAAUUCACAAGAUGUGAUAUGAAGCUACUUCUACAUGAAAAUUGCAAUUUAGAGCAUACAAAUGUCACAGGAGCUGUCUCCUGACUCAUUUUUAAUAAUCAAAGGACAUUAGGAUCUAAAAUAAUUUGCUGUCAAUUGUACAUUUGCACAUGUAUGUAUGUUUGGCUAAUUACUGGCAUAGCCCUUGAGUGAAUGCCUGUGUAUGUUAACUGAGAGCAUAUUCAUGUGUGAGCUGUGUGUUUCUGGUAUAUGCAUUAUAAAUAAUGAACUCUAUUUGCUGGGAAUUUCUGAUUCUUAUUAUGUGAGAGGAACAACUUAUUUAACUCUCAGAAAAAGAUCAAAAACCUUUGAUAAACUUUUAAAACUUGGCUAUUUAGAAAAAAAUGAUAGUGCAUCAGUUUCUCAGAUUCUGGCCAUAGGAAGUUAGAUACAGAGAAUACAGGGAUUUCUAGUUAACAGAAGCAACAAGCUACAAAAAUCGAAAGAUCAUGGUGCAGUGUUAAAAGUGAUUAUGUUUGGAUUAGGUGCAAGGGUUUCCUGGGAUUUUUUAUAUACAUACUCUCCCAAGAAUUUAGACCUACGCACAUCUAUAAAACUAAAUAUAGCAUGGAAAAUCUAAUUUGAAUAAGUCAUACUUUCCUAGUAUUUAAAAACAAAAACCUCACUCUGGAAAGAGUGUCACAGAGACAAUCAUGUGCCCUAUAAAACUGAGUGUUUUUAGGACUAAAAAACAAAAAGAACUUUUAACAACUUUUUAAGGAAAUAUUUUUGUUCUUUAUAUAAAGACUUUUAAAUAUUGCUUUAUUACUUUCCUUUUCUGACUCUGCUCUUCUGAACUACUGCAACAAUCAUAUCCACAAAAGGGCUUUUAUCUCAAACUUUUCUGGUGUUUUUCCAGAUGUAAGCAUAGAAAGACUAAAGCAAGAGAUCUGGCAGUUGCAAAUUGUGGGAAAGAGAAUUUUUACUGGCACUGUAUAUUUGAAAUACCUCAUAACUUGAGUUUACAUAUUUUACUAAUUUUUGUAUUUUUCUUAUUUAUUCACCUAGAGAAGUCUUCUUUAUAGAUUAAGAACUACAAUUUUCACCAUUUAAAAUAUACUAUAUCAUAAGCAUUCUUGGCCAAACCAAAAUAAAGAAAAACAUCCUCUGCCAGGAGAUUUUGUGCAUACAACAGAAUCAAGCAAGGAGACAAAAAUACUUAGACACAACGGAAAUAUAUUCUUUCUGUGCAAGUUCUCUAUAAAAAUAAAAUGUUCAUGUUCUUUA